AUGGCCGAAGGAGCCAAAUCGCAGAACCCGAUCCUGCCUCAGCCGGGGAAGAGGAAUGUGCUGAUUACGAGUGCGCUGCCCUACGUCAACAAUGUCCCCCACCUUGGCAACAUCAUCGGGUCCGUCUUGUCCGCCGAUGUCUUUGCGCGAUACAGCAGAGGGAGAGGACACAACACCCUCUACGUGUGCGGCACCGACGAGUACGGGACCACGACCGAGGCGCGAGCUCUAGUUGAGGGCGUUAGCCCCAAGGAGCUUUGCGACAAGUAUCACACGAUCCACGCCGGCAUCUACAAGUGGUUCAACCUGAGCUUCGAUAUCUUUGGCCGAACCACGACCGAACCGCAGACUGUCAUCACGCAGGAAAUCUUUCUCAAGCUCAAGGAGAAUGGGUUCCUCGAGGAGCGAAACACGACUCAACUUUACUGCGAACAGCACCACUCCUUCCUUGCCGACCGAUUCGUCGAGGGCGAAUGCCCCAAGUGCGGUUACGGUCGAAGGCUCUACCCCGUGACAAAGGACACCAACCACAUCUUCUUCAAGCUUGACAAGCUCCAGCCCGAGAUCGACGCCUGGUAUCAAGACUCCGCGGCGAAAGGAGGCUGGUCUAGCAACGUGGGGAACCCUGUUCCCCUCCCCGGCUAUGAGCAAAAGGUCAUUUACCCCUGGUUCGAUGCUUGCAUCGGCUACGUUUCCAUCACCGCGUGCUACACCGACGAGUGGAAGAAGUGGUGGUAUAGCCCCGACGACGUCAAGCUUUACCAGUUCCUCGGAAAGGACAACGUUGUCUUCCACUCCGUCAUCUUCCCCGGAACCCAAAUUGGCACCCGCGACAACUGGACCAAGCUUCACCAUCUUGCCGCCACCGAGUAUCUUACCUACGAAGGAGGCAAGUUCUCCAAGUCUCGAGGUAUCGGCGUGUUUGGAGACUCGGCCCAAAAGACGGGCGUUGGCCCGGACGUAUUCCGAUACUACCUUCUCUCCCACAGGCCCGAAGCCAGUGAUAGCGAGUUCAACUGGGACGAGUUCAUCAGCUGCAACAACAACCUGCUGCUGAAGAACCUCGGCAACUUUGUCAGCCGAGUCGUCAAGUUUGUCAACGGAAAGAACUACAACAACGUUGUCCCCGAGUCUUCCGGUUUCCAGGAUGCCUCCAUUGACGAGUUCAAGGCUGAAGUCAACAAGCUCCUCAAGCAGUACGUCGAGGAGAUGGACGCGGUCAAGGUCAAGGCUGGUCUUUCUACCGUUCUUCUCAUCUCCCAGGCCGGCAAUGCCUUCCUGCAAAACAACAAGCUUGACAACAAGCUGGCCGAGACCGAGCCCGCAAAGUGCGGUGCUGUCGUUAGUCUCGCUCUCAACCUCAUCCAUCUCAUCUCCUCCAUCAUCACCCCCUUCAUGCCCGAGACGGCGACUGGAAUUCUCGCUCAACUCAACGCCGAGCCCAUCCUCAUCCCCGACACGUGGACUGCCGACAGCAUCAAGACCGGCCACGAGAUCGGCAAGGCUGCCUAUUUGUUCAGCAAUAUCAAGCCCGAGAAGGGAGCUGAGUGGCGCGACAGCUUUGGUGGCGACGAGGUGAAGAAGGCCAAGGAGGAGGCCGCCGCCAAGAAGGCAAAGAAGAAGGCAGCCAUGAAGAAGCCCAAGGGCCAGAAGAACGUUGGCGGCGACAAGGCCGCCCAGCCUGCUGCUGCCCCGUCUGCUACGGAUGACGAGCUCGCCAAGAAGGCUGCCGAGGUUACGCUUGACGCGACCCCCAAUGUUUAA